GUGGUCCAAUGACUUGUUAGUUUUCUCUGGUGGACAUAUUGGAUUUAAAGAGGCUCAACCGUUUAGGAGAAGACACGGGGCUCACAGCGGAGUUAAAAAAUACUGUUGAAUUUGCGGUUAUUUAGUGAAAGUAACUAGACAGGUGUUGGCGUUAUUAUAACGACAUAACUAUAUAACGAUUUGCGGUGUUUAUUUGCCAGAAAAUUGUUCUAAACUUCAGCGUCUACCAGCUGCUGAGCUGUCCGGAUUGCAUACAGUUUCACAUUGUGUUAAGUCAGUUUACUUGCUUGCAGUAGCGGCGCGGAUAGCCAGGCUGCCUUCUGCAAAGAAGUGACCAGAUGGCAAUGUGAUAUUUAUUAUUUUUAAUCUGUGUGUCUCGUUCAACUACUGCAAAGAAAAGAAGCUGAUAGCGACCUAACCCGCGCCUGGGGAAGAUACUGAGAGGUCAGUCCUCCAGUAGAGACGAUGUCCACCAUGGUGUACCCACGGGAGGAGAAGCUGGAGAAGCUGUCACAGGAAGAGAUCAUCUCCAACACCAAGCUGGUGAUCCAGGGCCUGGAGGCGCUGAAGAACGAGCACAACUCCAUCCUGCACAGCCUGCUGGAGACCAUCAAGUGCCUCAAGAAGGAUGAGGAGGCCAACCUGGUGCACGAGAAGUCCAACCUGCUGCGCAAGUCCGUGGAGAUGAUCGAGCUGGGACUCGGCGAGGCACAGGUGAUGAUGGCGCUGUCCAACCACCUGAACGCCGUGGAGUCGGAGAAGCAGAAGCUGCGGGCGCAGGUGCGGCGCCUGUGCCAGGAGAACCAGUGGCUGCGCGACGAGCUGGCCAACACGCAGCAGAAGCUGCAGAAGAGUGAGCAGAACGUGGCCCAGCUGGAGGAGGAGAAGAAGCACCUGGAGUUCAUGAACCAGCUCAAGAAGUACGACGAGGACGUCUCGCCCACAGAGGAGAAGGACGGCGAGACUCCCAAAGACUCUCUGGAUGACCUCUUCCCCAAUGACGAGGAGGAGCACGUCCAAGGAGUGCCCCAGCAGCACAGCGCGGCAGUGGCGGCAGCCCAGCAGGGCGGCUACGAGAUCCCUGCGCGCCUGCGCACCCUCCACAACCUGGUGAUCCAGUACGCCUCACAGGGCCGCUACGAGGUGGCCGUGCCCCUGUGCAAGCAGGCCCUGGAGGACCUGGAGAAGACCUCCGGCCACGACCACCCCGACGUGGCCACCAUGCUCAACAUCCUGGCCCUGGUCUACAGGGACCAGAACAAGUACAAAGAGGCGGCUCACCUGCUGAACGAUGCCCUGUCUAUCAGAGAGAAAACACUGGGCAAAGACCAUCCUGCUGUGGCUGCCACGCUCAACAACCUGGCCGUGCUGUACGGGAAGAGGGGGAAGUACAGGGAGGCUGAGCCGCUCUGCAAGAGAGCCCUGGAGAUCCGAGAGAAGGUCCUAGGGAUGGACCACCCAGAUGUGGCCAAGCAGCUGAACAACCUGGCCCUACUGUGCCAGAACCAGGGCAAGUACGAGGAGGUGGAGUACUACUAUGUGCGCGCCCUGGAGAUCUACGAGCGCCGCCUGGGCCCCGACGACCCGAACGUGGCCAAGACCAAGAACAACCUGGCCUCAUGCUUUCUCAAGCAGGGCAAGUACAAGGAGGCCGAGGUCCUGUACAAGGAGAUCCUGACGCGGGCCCACGAGAAGGAGUUUGGAUCCGUGGAUGCUGAGAACAAGCCCAUCUGGAUGCAUGCAGAGGAGCGGGAGGAGUUGAGCAAGACUGACCCCAAGGGCAAGCACAGAGACAACACCCCCUAUGGAGAGUACGGGGGCUGGUACAAAGCCUGCAAAGUCAACAGUCCUACUGUGAACACGACUCUGAGGAAUCUGGGGGCUCUGUACCGCCGGCAGGGCAAAUUGGAGGCAGCAGAGACCCUGGAGGAGUGUGCCAUGAGAUCCCGCAAGCAGAGCAACACAGGCAUUGACCCCAUCCACCAGACACGUGUGGUGGAGAUCCUGAAGGAUGGCGAGGGCGACCGUGAGCGCCGACGCAGCCGUGAGAGCCUGUCCAGCGUCAAGUACGACAGUGGCUCCGAGACCGGCCAGGAAGUGAGUAUGGGCAUCGAGUGGAAUGGGGAUGGCACCGGAGCGCUGCAGCGCAGUGGUUCCUUGGGGAAGCUGCGGGGCGUUCUCAGGCGCAGCAGUGAGCUCCUGGUCAAGAAACUCCAAGGGAACGCACCUCCAGAACCACGCAGCACUAACAUGAAGCGAGCUGCCUCUCUCAAUUACCUGAACAAGACCAGUGAAGACCCUUUUCAGCAGAGUCUAGCAGGCAGACGGCUGAGGGACACGCGAGGCCUGAGCUCCAGCACAGUGGAUCUGUACAGCGGGGACUGAGAUGACCUCGGCCUCCCCCCUCAUCCAAGGAUGCAGUCGGCCCUCUCCCCUGUGUCCAAGAGCAGCUAUAUAACCCCAAAGACAAGCUCAUGUUCUCCCUUUCAGGUCUACUGAGCCCCAAAAGGCCUCUGCUUUUAUUCCAGGAAGAUGUUAAACUAAACCUCUCCCAUUUUGAAAUUGCACACUCUCAUACAUUGCAUUUGUAGGAAAAUAUUGAUGAUGGAUGCUGCUUUUUGAUAUGCUGCCAUCUCGACUAGCCCCACUCAAUAAUCACAUUUACCGGUAGUUACAUAGACCACCAUCUUUGGUGAACUCAUAUCAUGUUACAUGCAUACAAUUUUAGGAAGACUUAUAUGAUAUACUGGUAUUCCCAAAUGUUACAUAACCCAAAGGUUAGUGUGCUGCAUUCAUGGGUUAAUAAUAUACCGUACUGUUGUUGUCUGUUUGUUUUUAUUUUUUCAUGUUAGAUCUCAUGCUCACUGUGCCAUGUGUUUGGAUUUUAAGCCAUUUUAGUUGUAGUUGUUGUAGGUUUUAAUCUUGAGUUUGGGUUUGCUCUUACGCUUACUCCAAUUUUAUUUUAGGAAGUGUGUGUUAAGAAGUGUAAUGCUUGUAAUGUUUUGGAUGCUAUGGAUAUUUUGAAAAGUGCAACUUGUCGGUAAAUGCUUUAACCUUGCCUACUCGUGCCAAUUGGAGAUUUUAUUUUCUCGGUAGUAUAAAGCACAAACGAGAGUGAGUUUAUAUUUAUCUGUGGCUUCUCUGAAUUCACAAAUGUAGCCAUGGCAACACAAGUGCUGGCUUUCUUAUGCUCGUUCUGGAUGUUUUCAGUGAUAUUUGGUUGCAUGGAAUUACUUGGGUUCCAAUGACAAAAACACAUAGCCUGUGCCUAACUAAUAUGGGGGAGAUGGAAGAUGACCUUUUUGUUCUUCUGUUUCCGGCAUGGUCUAAGCCUUAUUCAAUUGUCAGUUGUAAAAUGUUACAUUUCUGCCCAGUAAUUCAGUAAUUCAUCUAUAUGGCUCUAAGAUAUAUAUUUUUGUAAGAAAUGAAAGCCGAACAUGAGGUAAACAAGGAUCUCCAUAUCGAAUAGCUCCAUGCAUUAUUGCCUGUAUUAAAGGAGAAUUUUUCACAAAGGCAAUUUUUACAUAGGAUUUUUCACAUUUCACAUAGGCAAGUUGCUACAUGCAUGCCAACAAAUGCCAUGCAUGCCAAUGAACAUGCACCCAGAAUGUAGCACCUGGUAGCUCUAGCUGUUGGCUGCAGCAACUCGAGCUAGGUAGAACCGAUUGUUUUCGUAACAACAGUACUCUGUGACCGAGAGUCCAUCUAUGUGAAAAACCGCUGGAAUUCUCCUUUAAUAUGCAAAUUGUAUCUGUAGCUGAUCCAUGAUCUGACAGAAUGGCUUGAUAACAGACAGACAUGCAUUUAAAGGGCACUCCACAUUGUCCUGUUUUGAUGUAUAUGCUAAUUAAUCAAAUAUGGCACAAAUGGCAUCCUCCUGUGUAAGAGUUCAUAUCAUGCACACACAGUAGCAGGUUUUCCAUCACUUCUUCCAUCACUAACUAAUUUAUAGUCCUGCUUCUAUCAGAUCUCAUCUCAUCACCACCAGCAAUCUGAAGCAUGGUGCUUACUCUGCUACCACCAAUACAAAUGCAUUACUUAGAGACUUAAGUACUACUAGAAAAACCUUUGAUGCAAAAGAUUUUGUAGCAAUUCCUGUUACAGCAUUGUGACCUCAUUAUGAAAACCAUACUGUUUCCAAGGCAAUAAUAACAAUUCAACUAGACACCAUUAUUGCCUCUUUUAUUUGUGUCAUCACUAUUCCUUUGGUAUGCAUUAGAUGGCAGUGCUGUGUCUUGAAUCACUAGCCCAACUGAGGAUUGUAUCAGUGGUGUAGACUGCUCUUACGGGCCACCCACACACGUCUGUUGUGUGAUUCCUGUAGUCAUAUGUAUGGCUUGAAGAUUUAAAAUCCAUCAAUUACAGUUCAGCUGAACACCCACUCCCUCUCUACCAACUAUGUCCCAGGGCGCAACUAAACACAGCUGAAAGCAUUGCUUAAGGGUCAGCAAGAUUUUUGAAUGUCGAGAUUUGCACAGUGUAGCCUACUAUAAUGUUUUUGAUGUCAUGUGUACUUUGUCAUUUUGUAAUGUUGAUUUUGGUCUCAACUUGAAUUGAAAUACACUGUGACUGACCUCCCACUUAAAUUAUAUCAUGAUGUGAACAUAUUUAAUUUCUUUUGUGUGUGUGUGUGUUUUUCUUUUUUUCAUUGGAAGGGAAUUCUUGCCAGGACAGAAGCACUUGCAUGCGCAGAUUUAUUGGGUAAACUGUACUUUGUAUAACAUGUAUUUCAAAUAGGAUGUAAGAGGAAAUUGGGUACGAGUAUUCAAUUGUAUUCUAAAGCAGCAGGGAUUUUUGUGUCAUUUAUUUCUCUAUUCGUCCUAUGUCACAUCAAAAUGAAAGGCAUCCUACUCAUUUCUCUCUAAUCUCGAUUGUAAGGAAUAUCUUUCGAAAUGAUUACAUCUCUUGCUCCCUCUUUGAACUGUACUGGUGUUGGAUACAGUACACUAACAAUCUAGUUCACUAACAGUUCCGUGUCAAAACUUGUAAUGAUUGUGCUGUAUUGGAUGGAAAAAAAGAGUGAUUUGAAGCCAAUAAAUAAUUCAUUAUUCGUUUUUA